AUGGAGAAUGAUACGAGCAUGAAAUCAAGUAGUUAUGGUCAGAGAGACGCAGCUGAGUUGAACCUCGUGAUGCUUGCAAUUGCAUGCUCGUACGAUAUUCUUGCAACUCUUCGGAUGCUUCAACCUUCGCUUGAUGUCUUCUAUUCUGAAGCUUUACCAUUGAACAACAUCACAAUUGAACAACUUCUUAAAACAGUUCCUUUGUGCUUCUCUUAUGGUCUUCACUGGAAGUCUAGGCAUCAGUGUGGUGCAGGGGUUUGUAUUAUGAAUACACUAUGGAGAGAUGGACAACACCCUGCUCUAAUUAAUUUCAUCUCAUCCUUCCUCCAUGCGAAUUCCUUCCGUCUAAACUUUGUUCCAAUUGGACCGGACUUUAUUUUCAACUGUGGGGGUUUAUCAGUUGCUUUUGUCUUUGUGACUACAUGGGAUCGCAAUAAUCUUCUGACUAUCUUCAACAGGGUCCGCAAGCUGAGAGAGCAAUUUGCACAUUUUUAUGUUGUGGUAACACUCCCAACCAAGGAGCAAAAUGAGUCUUUUGUCCGCUCUUACUUCAAGUUCGGGAUGGAGUUUGGUAGGCCAACCUUUGUACCUGUUCAAGACCUUGAGAUGGGCUUCGAGAAGAUAGUAAAGAUAGCUCUCUCCCUUGGAGUCUGCAAGCAACGGGAUGCCAUCUCAAAACUGAAGGCCGAGAGGAGGCAGUUAGUCCAAAGGAUGCAUGUCUUCAACGGGGUGGUCACCUCUAUACCGCACAUCGACAAUCACGAUGCUAAUGCACUUAAUCAAGCCAUUGGCUCCAUCGAAGCGAUUGCAAAGGCAUCGAAGCAAUGCAUCUUGGAAAACACUGACCUUUCUGAAGAGAAAGCGGACAUUCUCAAGAGGUUCUUCAGGGAUCCGAAGUUUUACUUGAGCCCCAAGGUCGACUGAUGUCCGCGACUGCAUGUUCAUGACGAGUUAAAUCAUGUGCUUGAGCCUCGAUCAACCAGAAGCUCGCCACCAACUCGAGAUUUGCCUAUGAUUCGAGGUAAACAGUGACCAUUAAUCGAGCUGAUUUUGAAGGGGAUCAAUCUAUUGCAGAUUUCUGGAGCAAAUCCUUACUCUGAUCACGUUCACGAUUUCCUAAAGCGAUUAAUUCCUCCUGAAUGUCUUUAGUUUGGGUUGAGAAUAAUGAGCCCUCGAUUUGCUUAGGAUCAUUUCAUGAUCACUUUUUGAAAUUGGUUGGCACCAUUAACACGGCGUCGCCCCCAAUCAAUCACCAGAUUAUCAUCCUACUUUAAAUACAGAUUGUCAAAUGCACCCAACGGAUCAGAACAACUGACCAUUAAUUAAAUACCAAAAGAAAUUGAGAUGGUUGGUCAAAUAAUUCAGCCCAUGUUCCGCAAAGAAUUUAAGUUCAUAUCUUAUGAAUUAAUUCACACUAAAAGAGCUUUAUUUUUUAAUGGAUUAAUCCAAUUCGAAAUGAAUUAGUCAGAUUCAUUAGAUUUUUAU